AUGGAAUCCCGCUCCCUCCUCAAACUCGUCGAAGCCGACGCAGAAUCCCACAUCUCCUUCCUCCAAUCCUUUAUCCGCGCCGCCUCACCCAACCCGCCAGGAGACACUCGUCUCGCAACAGAUGUCUUGAUCUCCUACCUUCGCUCCCAUAGUGUCUCUCCCGAGAUGAUCACCCCACAAGCGCACAUGCCCAACAUUGUCAGUUCCUUCACCUGUACCACCCCCGACUGGGCAUGCGACCCCUGGUCCGGUGAUCUGGUUGACGGAAGAAUCCACGGACGAGGAGCCGUCGACAUGAAAGCUGGCACCGCCGCGUCAGUGAUUGCCUACAGCUUCCUGUACCGGUACCGGCAUCUUCUCUCUGGUUCUCUCGCACUCUGCGCUGUAUCCGGUGAGGAGACGGGCGGGAAGUGGGGCAGUAAGUAUCUUCUCGAACUUGAUGGGGGGUGGAAAGGCGACUGCAUGAUCAAUGCUGAGCCAGGAGGCUUGGGGACUAUCAGAUUUGCAGAGAAGGGGACAUUGAGGUUAGGAUUUGAGAUUAGGAUCGAGGGUGCGCAUGGUGCAUAUGUGCGUAGGAGUAAGAGCGCGACGAGGAUUGCGGCGAGAUUGAUUGGCGAGCUUGCGAAGGUGGAGGAGCUUGUUCCAGACCUUGACAUUGGGCUGGGAGAAUACAUGAAGCGGGAGGAUGUCAGGGCUGCGAUUGAUGAAGCAAUGGGGAAAGGCGCAGCUGGCAUUGUGCUAAAGCCGACUUUGAAUAUUGGCACCAUUCAUGGUGGAUUGAAGAUCAACAUGAUUCCGGACCGAUGUGUAUUUGAGGCCGAUAUUCGGUUACCUGUUGGAUUGAAAGCGGAGCAGGUGAUGGAUGUUAUUUAUGGAAUAUUGGAGGGGUAUUCAGAGGCCAGUGUCGAAAUUCAUGAGGCGGCGAGUAACCCUGCUGCAGCGUGUUCUCACGACCAUCCUAUGGUUGAGAUCUUGGUGAGGAAUGCUGAGUUGGUGAUAGGGAAGAGACCCUUGGCCAUUCCGUCAGUGGGAGCUACAGAUUGUAAGUUUUGGAGAUAUAAAGGGGUGCCGGUUUAUGUGUUUGGAGUGUCUCCUGAGACGAUGGCUGCAAGAGAUGAGUCUGUUUCGGUCGAUGAGUUCCUUGCUGUGAUCAAGGCGCAUGUCCUCGCAAGUUGGGAAUAUCUGGGAGGUAAAACAUGA